AACCGCCGUUAAAAACGAAACAAAGGAAACAACAAACCACGACCAAAAAGAAGACGAAGAAGAAAAAGAAGAAGAAGAAGAAGAAGAAGAAGAAGAAGAAGAAAACGAAGGCGAAGGAGGGAGAGGCCCCUCCCACAAACACUCACCCCACCCCACAUGUUGUAUUUUAAAUGGUCAAUGGUUGUAGCGUCUGUGGUUGUAGCCAAAUGUAAACCGGGGCGCACCGUGGACACUGAGAGACAACUGUCCAGGACAGUAUAAUUUGCCACCAUGGUGAACCAACGAAGGGACAGUGGCUGGCAGUCGGGCAAGAGCGACUCCAGCGGGAACAACAGUGGCGGCGAAAGCUCCAAGGAGAGCUCCCGGUCGUCCACGCCGGUUCUAGAUGUGGACCGCUCGGACAGGCUGCGGGACAAGAUGCGAAGAAGGAUGGAGUCCGGAGACCGCUGGUUCUCACUGGAGUUCUUUCCUCCCCGCACAGCCAGUGGAGCUGUCAACUUAAUCUCAAGAUUCGACCGCAUGGGUGCCGGGGGGCCUCUGUUCAUCGACAUUACCUGGCACCCGGCAGGGGACCCGGGCUCCGACAAAGAAACGUCGUCCAUGAUGAUUGCGAGUACGGCCGUGAAUUACUGUGGCCUGGAGAGCAUCCUCCACCUGACCUGCUGCAACCAGACCAAAGAGAAUAUAACUGGCUACCUGGCCAAAGCAAAGCAACGGGGCCUCAAGAAUAUAAUGGCACUAAGAGGAGACCCUGUGGGAGACGAAUGGGAGGAGGAGGAGGCAGGGUUCAACUAUGCCACUGACCUUGUGAAGCAUAUGCGAUCAGAGUUUGAUGACUACUUUGAUAUCUGUGUUGCUGCCUACCCCACGGGCCAUCCAGAAGCCGAGAGCUACGAGGACGAUCUCAGGCACCUGAAGGAGAAGGUGGACGCUGGAGCGGACUUCAUUAUCACCCAGCUGUUUUUCAGGGCAGACACCUUCCUCAAGUUUGUAGAUGACUGCAGGGCACUUGAUAUCACGUGUCCCAUUCUACCUGGAAUCUUUCCAAUUCAGGGUUACCAGUCACUGCGUCAACUCGUCAAGCUGUCGAAGCUCGAGGUACCAGAGGAAAUCACCCAAGUCAUCGAGCCAAUCAAAGACAACGAUGCUGCCAUUCGUAACUACGGAAUCCAACAGGCGGUGGAGAUGUGCCGCGUGCUGCUGGACAGCGGCAAAGUACCAGGUCUCCACUUUUUCACGCUGAAUCGAGAGGUCGCGACCAUGGAAGUGCUCCGGCAGCUCGGCAUGUGGAUAGAAGACCCCAGGCGGCCUCUUCCCUGGGCGGUGAGUGCCCAUCCCAAACGGAAAGUGGAAGAUGUUCGACCUAUCUUCUGGGCCUCUAGACCAAAGAGCUACAUCUACAGAACCCAGGACUGGGACGAGUUCCCUAAUGGCAGAUGGGGAAACUCGUCGUCUCCAGCUUUUGGCGAGUUGAACGACUACUACCUGUUCUACUUGAAGAGCAAAUCAUCCAAAGACACACUACUCCAGAUGUGGGGGGAGGAACUGAAGAAUGAAGAGAGCGUCUUUGAGGUCUUCACCUCCUACAUCACAGCCCAGCCCAACUCUAGCGGACACAAGGUCAUGUGCCUGCCGUGGAACGACGAGCCUCUGGCUCAAGAGACCAACCUCCUCAGGGAUGAGCUGGAGAAGGUGAACAAACGAGGAGUCCUCACUAUCAACUCCCAGCCCAACAUCAACGGGAAACCCUCCACAGACCCCGUGGUAGGCUGGGGACCUCCAGGCGGAUAUGUCUUUCAGAAGGCCUAUCUGGAGUUUUUCACCUCCAGUGAAAAUGUGAAUGCUCUUCUUAAAGUGCUGAAGAAGUAUGAGCCUCGAGUCAACUACCACAUUGUUAAUGUCCAGGGUCGUGACCUGACCAAUGCUCCUGAGAUGCAGCCUAAUGCUGUGACGUGGGGGAUCUUCCCUGGCAGGGAGAUUGUUCAGCCUACUGUCGUGGACCCAGUGAGCUUUACCUACUGGAAGGACGAAGCCUUUGCUUUGUGGAUCGAGCAGUGGGCCAAACUCUACGAGGACGAGUCUCCGUCGCGGAUGAUCAUCAAGUACAUCCACGACAACUACUUCCUGGUCAAUCUAGUGGACAACGACUUUCCUCUGGAGAACUGUCUGUGGCAGGUCAUCGAUGACAUGUUCGAGCUGAUCGAUGCGCCUCCAGAGCCAAUUACCAACGAAGCGGUUUCUGACUAACAUCUGUCACUUUUUUUUAGGAAAGAAAGAAACGAUGAGUAUUAGUGUUUGUAACCGUAUUUCUUCUGUCUUUUUAUAUGAAUGUUUUGAACCAUUCGGGUGAAUAGGAAAUAGUGUAGAAAAUGAUGUAUUGUCAAGAUCCAAGGUUCAGACCAAACUAAUAAUAUUUCUACCUAUAAAGGUAUUUUGGAGUCACAGUGACACACACACACACACACACACACACUGAGUCAGAUUGUUACCUACAAAAGGAUCAAAUGUCCGAGUUUAGCUGCUCUACAAGGAAAACAUUUCCAGAACACGGUACAGAAAGACUGCAACACAUCUGGUGGACUAGUUUCCCUUCGCAGACUUGGUAACUAACUGGGUAAAGAUAAGAAGGGAACUGGGUGCACCUGGUCCCACUUAGAAACAUGUAUACACUGAUCCGCCAUAACAUUAUGACCUAACAUUGUGUAGGUCUCCCUUGUGCCUCCAAAACAGCUGUGACUCAUCUGAGAAUGGACCUGAGAGGGUCCUAGUGACCGUGUAUAAAGUAUAAAUGUGCCUCAUGUCGUGACUUUAUUCCUACUCCUGAAUUCAAGUUUUUGUCCCCCAUCAGGAGAACGUGCACGGUGCUGAAAGGGUGGAAGUAAGAAAUCUGUUACGGGUGCUUGCAACACCUUAAUCGUGACUACAAGUGUUUGUGCCUGGAUCCUGGAUCCUGAGUCCUUUCUGAUGUGCAGCUUGUCUGUAGUAAAUGCUAAUUACGGCCGUUGUUUGCGUGUUGCUACCUCGAGUUGCACACUCUGCUCCUAUAUUUUCUAUACUCUAACGACGUUGAACUUGAACUGAGCUAUGCAACUCACUUCUCUGUACGAAAUAGCAUUAUUUUAACCUAAAGUAAACAGUAUGUGUGUUUAUUGUAUGUUAAUAAAAACAUACAGAUGUGUCUUAUACUGUUUCUCCUGCUCCCACUGUUCCACAUAUACAAUAUAACUCCACUACAACAUAUGACACAGAACACAAACAGAUGCCUAUGCAAUCAAAUGAGCACUUCUACUGAUGGAUUCAACUGUAGCAACAAGAUCUAACUGGAGUGAACAUAUACUUACAGAAUGAGUAUUAUUUUUUGCUCUGAGUGCCACAGGUGCACGUAUCAUGAAUGCAUGUAUAUAUAAAAACUGUACAAAUAGCUGUGCAAUAUUUGUUGUGCAUCUCGGCCAAAAGUGACUUGUGCAAUGUUUGGGAGGUUGUGGUUGUAUGGAAUGGUACGAUGUGUGUGUGUGUUGAUGUUGGUGAGGUGAGGUGAGGGGUGGGGACGUGGGCGUGUUCUUGUGAAUCCAAUAAUUAGUUAAUUAAUUUAAUUUUUUUUUUUUUUAAAAAGUGGAUAUUUUUUAGUAAAUAUUUGCCAAUUCAAAACUAGUUUUAUCUAUACUUUUAUCAUGUUUAUUCUAUUUCCAUGUAACAGCCAGAGUGCGGCUUCUGCAAUCAAUAGCCCCUCACUCUUUACUAUUAAGACCAACGCUGUUAAUAAAAGUGUAUUGUGACUUCA